AUGGCGUUGUAUCUUCUUUACGAAUCAUCCUCCUGUUACUGCCUGUUCGAGGCGCACGGCCUCGAUGAGAUCGGUCAUAACACUGAGGCUGUUCGAGCCUCUGUUUCGGACCUUAGUCGGUUCGGUCGGGUUAUCCAGCUGACUGCUUUACACCCCUCACAAUCUGCACUCGAUGCUCUCAACCAAAUCAAUGCCGUCUCCGAAGGGUAUAUGAGUGACGAGCUAAGAAGUUUUCUGGAGUUGAAUCUCCCCAAAGUCAAGGAAGGUAAAAAACCCAAGUUUAGCUUAGGAGUAGCUGAGCCAAAGAUCGGUUCUUGCAUAUUUGAAGCCACGAAGAUUCCUUGUCAGAGCAAUGAGUUCGUCCAUGAGCUUCUUAGAGGUGUUCGACAACAUUUUCAUAGUUUCAUCAAGGACUUCAAGCCUGGUGAUAUAGAAAAAGCUCAACUUGGACUAGCUCAUAGCUACAGUAGAGCAAAGGUCAAAUUCAACGUUAACCGAGUUGAUAAUAUGGUUAUUCAAGCUAUUUUCCUGCUUGAUAAAUUUGAUAAAGAUAUCAAUUCCUUUUCUAUGAGAAUCAGAGAAUGGUACUCAUGGCACUUCCCUGAACUAGUCAAGAUAGUAAAUGACAACUAUCUUUAUGCCCGAGUUUCAAAGAUUAUAAAGGACAAGUCUUUGUUGUCUAAAGAGCACAUUCCGAUGCUGACUGAAGUCCUUGGUGAUGAAGAUAAGGCAAGGGAGGUAGUUGAUGCCGGAAAAGCAUCCAUGGGCCAGGAUUUAUCGCCGAUUGAUUUGAUCAAUGUCCAGACCUUUGCACAGAAAGUUAUCGACCUUGCGGAUUACAGAAAAAGGCUCUACGAUUAUCUUGUUGCUAAAAUGAGCGAUAUUGCUCCAAAUUUGGCGGCUUUGAUUGGAGACAUGGUUGGAGCGAGGUUGAUUUCUCAUGCAGGGAGUCUGACAAAUCUUGCAAAGUGCCCAUCUUCAACUCUUCAGAUUCUUGGAGCCGAGAAGGCACUUUUCAGGGCACUGAAAACACGAGGAAACACACCAAAAUAUGGUUUGAUAUUCCAUUCGUCAUUCAUUGGCCGUGCAUCUGCGAAAAACAAGGGCCGUAUCGCUCGAUAUGUAGCCAACAAGUGUUGUAUUGCUUCUCGGAUUGACUGUUUCGCUGAUAGUAGCACUACAGCUUUUGGUGAGAAACUUCGCGAACAAGUAGAGGAAAGACUAGACUUUUAUGAUAAAGGUGUUGCUCCACGUAAAAAUGUCGAUGUAAUGAAAGAGGUGUUGGGAAAUCUUGAGAAGAGAGGUAUUAUGAAGUAA